UGAAAGUAAAGGACUUAUUUUACAUAUGUUAAACAUUGGGGACCUACACAGAAAUUAUCUUAAUUCAAAUUCCCAUACAAAAACCGUUUUUCACCGUUACAAGAAUUCCUCCAUAGAUACACCCCAUCUUUUCCUCCACCCCCACCUCAUCCCCCACUCCGCAUAUUUACGCACUCAAAAGACGAGAAAAAAACUCAAGAAAAUCAUCACCAGAUCCCAGGGUUUUGCCUUUUCUCUCUAGUGAUCUAAUUUGAUCUGAUCAUUUUCCAUUUCAAAAGCGAAAAUUGACAGAAAGAACCAAGGAAAAUGGUUCGUAUCAGCAAUGGAAUCAUAACACUGUUAAACAUUCUUACAUUCGUAAUUUCUGUAGCGGCCAUUGGGUUUUCAUUUUGGUUGGGAACACAGUCUAACGCCCCAUGUCAGGAAACUCUCCGAAAGCCUCUAUUAUUUCUGGGUUUAGCUCUUUUAAUCGUUUCAUUACUAGGCUUAUUGGGAUCCUGCUGCAGACUUUCAUUUUUCAUGUGGAUUUAUCUUCUGGUUUUGUUCUUGCUUAUUGUCGGAUUGGCGGCUUUUACAAUUUUUACAGUUUUUGUCACGAAUAAAAACGUUGGAAAAGCACUGUCCGGAAAAGGGUUUGGAGAACACAGACUGGGAGAUUAUUCGCGUUGGUUGCAGAAUUAUGUGAUUAAUUCAGAAAACUGGGGUGAAGUCAAGAAUUGUUUGGUUGAUGUGGAUUUGUGUCAGCAUUUAAUGGAGAAGAAGGGCAAGGAGUUUUACGUACAUAACCUGUCUCUAAUUCAGUCGGGUUGCUGCAAGCCACCGGCUUACUGUGGCUUCCAGUCCAAGAAUGCAACCUAUUGGAUAGCGCCGAAGACUGGCCCAGCUGUGUUCGAUCAAGAUUGCAAGAUAUGGAGCAACGUCCAGAAAGAACUCUGUUUCGACUGCGAGUCUUGCAAAAUAGCAGUACUUGAUAAUAUUAAGAAAGAUUGGAGAAUUAUAGCCAUCAUCAAUUCUAUUAUCCUAGUUAUUGUUAUUAUUGUCUACUCCAUUGGAUGCUGUGCGCUCAGAAGCAAUUCUUACCGUGGAUACUCGAAAUACAGUGUCCCUGCUUAAUUAAUUAGGUGUUAAUUGUGGAAAACUGGAUUCAAUAAACUCUGGUGCUGUUGAUUUACUUAUUCUUUUAUUUAUUUUUAUGUGA